AGAUUCUCGGGUGCAUAUCUUCCGUCCAGGCAAAUGUACAACGAAUGCGUGUCCCGGGGAGGAUAUGGCUUGCAGCCCGUUCCCGAACAACACUUACAUCUGUCUGUGUACCCACGAUUCGUUCCCACCCUCUGCGAAUGGAACUUGCAGAAGGAAUGUCGUAACUGUUGGACCUGGCGUUGACGGUAGGAUCCCCGUGAUGCCUCCAAGAAACACGUCCUUGGAUUCUCAGAAAAAAGAGGCCGCAGAAAUAUCGAUAGACUAUGCAAGAAUAAACUUCAUGGUUCCGUCCAUAUUUGUAGGGAUCAUCAGUUUCGUCCUGUUGGCUUCCAUCAUAGCUUAUUGUAGAAGAAAAUCAAGAAGAAAUGCUGCCCAAGCCUCGCCAAUAAACCUGAAACAAAGUCUGCUAGUAGCAGAAAGGUACGCGCCGAAUCCGCAGUACUCGACAUGCUCCGCAGCAGGGGUACCAGUUCUCAGGAAAGAAACGCUGUCCUUUUUGAAAGAAGUCGGCGAGGGGUGCUUCGGGAAAGUUUUUAAAGGUGAACUUUUGUCAGAUGAUGGCGAGCAAGUGAGAAUCGUGGCAAUAAAGGUGUUGAAGGACACCGCGAACAGAGAAGCGGAGGAAGAUUUUCUCAGGGAGGUGGAAAUUAUGAGUGCUUUCCGUCACCCCAACAUUUUGUCUUUGCUAGGAGUUGUGCUGAAAGAUGAAAACGUGAACCCCAUGAUGGUAUUCGAAUUCAUGCCCCUAGGGGAUCUAGCAGAACUCCUCCGCAACCAACGUCGCCUGUACCCCUCAACCCCCGCCUCAGAAGACCCAUCCCUACCCCCAAACACCACGCAACUGAAUCGACGCGAUUUGCUCGCGAUCGCGAUUCAGAUCGCUGCAGGGAUGCGAUAUUUGGCGUCGCAAAGGUUCGUGCACAGAGACUUGGCGUGCAGAAAUUGUCUUGUUGCCGACGGACCCGUGGUUAAAAUCGCUGACUUCGGGAUGAGCAGAGACGUGUAUACUUGCGAUUACUAUAAGAUUGGGGGGUCUCGUUUGCUUCCGGUAAGGUGGAUGUCCCCAGAGAGCGUGGUUUAUGGUAGGUUCACACUGGAGUCGGAUAUAUGGUCUUAUGGAGUUGUGCUAUGGGAAAUAUACAGUUAUGGGAAGCAGCCCUACUAUGGGCAUACGAAUGAAGAGGUGGUGAAACUCAUCUUAGACGGAAUAAUGUUAAUGCCCCCUGAAGACUGUCCAAUGGUCAUUUGCGAUCUGAUGAGGAACUGCUGGAAGACCGAACCAAGACAUAGGAUCACCUUCACAAGCAUAUGCGAAAAGCUUGAAAUGGCGUAUGAAUGUGAAAAAACAGAAUUUGACGUGGAAGAUGAAAAUAAGAAAUCGAAAAAUACAGGCACAAGAAGCCUUCCAAGGCCUCCACCAUUCCCGAUCCUGAACGACGCUGACCUGUUAGACGGCCAAGGUUACCUCAAGCCCAUAGAGGUCAAAGACCCCGUGCCAUACUUGGAGCCCGUUUGUGACUGACCCGCGGAGGCUGGCAGGAGCUCCUGCAGUGGCAUCAAGAGUUUCUACCAUGCUACCUGCACCAGCAACUGCAAAUAUACCAAAAUGCCCCAGAGCGAUCGGAAAAGGAUCUAUUGGGGCAAGAGUGCUCAGGUGAACGGUGCAGAUAUCUAGAGAUGGCUAUGUCGGACAAUAAAUUAAUGUUAAGGAAGAACUUGGUUGGAUUUACGUUCAAGCUGGGGAAGAAUUGAAGGGGUUUUUGGAACGAGCGAUGUUAUUUGUUUACCUUGAGUUUAAGUUAACGUCACUACUUUUAUGCGAAAAGUUGGGAAACGAGGUACUACUGACCAAAAUAUGUGAAUUGACUCAAACAUACCUUAGAGCAGAAGUUGAUAGUUUGUGAGAUACAGGGUGUUACAAUUUUUUUUCUAUUUUUACUUAUUUCUUGAGAAGUAUUUCAGAUUUUAGCAUAAAACUCGGUGUAGGGAGCUUUUUUAGUUUUAGAAACAAGAAUCCGUUAUUUUUUAUGGCCAAACUUCCAGAGGGCGCCACUUACAACACUAUUUCGGUAAAUACCUUAUCAUAACUUUUUUAUGCUACCCUGUAUGCAACAACUGACUGAAAAAUCUUAUUUUCUCGUACUUCCACAACAGAAAAGGUGUACUUG